GAAUCACAUCACUGACAAAUCACAACAAAAUCGUCACAUACAAUAUCCAAAGAAACGAGAAGAUAAACGCCAAUAAGCCAUCAUGUGGAUGAGUUUGUUCACUAAGGUUAUCUUUUCUGGCGCUCAGCAAAAACUACAGAAAAAACAAAAUGAAAGACGAAACAAUCGACUGCUCCGAACCGCAGAGGUUAAAAUCUCAUUCCCAAUAGUUUCAACAAAUGUAUUUAAAAUUGAAAAACUGCAGAAGAAAAGUGGUCUAUUGGAACUUUUCCAUGAAUGUGUUGAGACCAGACAGAAGGAUAGCAUUAUAAAUUUGACUAAUCCGUCAAUGAUUCAGCUGAAGGAAGCCGUUCAAGCCGCAAAUAUUACGGGCCAACGUAUUAUACUUAGUGACGAAGACUGCACAGCAGAUGAUAGUAAGACCCAAAUGGCCAAGCCGGAAGCUAACGUUGCUCAAUCCGUGUUCAAAGCUAACCUGAGACGCUUCAUUGAAACGGAAAAUUCUCUGAAACCGGACACUGAAGCACAAUUUUACAACUUCAGUGCCCCAGCUCGAGACUUGAUGUGCCGUUCAGUCUCUGCUAAUGACGUCCACAAUGAACAUUCGCGAUCAUAUAACACGCCAGAGUUGUCCGUGAUGAGGGUGCGCUCGGAGGAUCGGCUGUUCUCUAUCUGUGAAGUUGACAGUGAUAACAGUGACAGUGACUGUGAGUCGUUGACUCAAUCAGAGCGCAAUCUGUUCGAUACGGAGACUUCCAAAGCCGCCACCGCCAUGGUGCUUGAGCGUCCUUCGACCAUGAUAUCAUCGGCGAAAAACUUGACAGUUUCUAUUGACGGACUAGAAGGCAAUCCUCCACAAAAUGCGCUCCUAUGUAAUAUGAUUCAUCUCGCUCACUUAGCUUUUGUGAUUGCCUGUCUUCGCGGACUCUUGUAGUUAAAUACCCUCACUGCUGGUUGACGCAAUUUCCUAUAGCUAAAUUUUUUAAAUUAGUUUUUCAUGUAGUACGAAAUUAAAUAUUUGGUAACUAAAUUCUUAAAGUUUCUAUCCCAUGUAGGCAAAAAAUCCAUUGUUUUA